GCCAUUGAUGCGCAGGAUAAAAUCUCAGAAAAUGUCGAGACAUAAACAACGACUGACCUGUCGAUGGAAAACAUUAAGCGAACAGUCGGCAUGAACACAAAUAGCGCUACAGUCUGUGAUUAUCUGCGUUUUGUCGCAGGUCCGUCCAUUUUACCGUCUGCGUUCUAAGGGGAUUCAAAAUGACCAAGCGAAAGACUGUCGGCGGUGAUGAUUUGGAUGGUGAUCAAUCGGUGCCUUUACCCAUCCAAACCUUCUUUUGGCGUCAGAUCAGCCCCUUCAUCCGGCCAAAACAGGGAAAGAUGUGCGAUGCAGCCUGUGUGUCGUUCGAGCGUGUGGUCGUCCAGAACAUCCUCCACGGCCUGUCCCCGAGCCUCUGCGAGGCCAUCCAGAGUGUGUCCCGCUGGAAGACCAUCCAGGCUGCCUUCCCCCACUUGAUGCACGCCAGCUCCAGCCUUCUCACCGUACGCAAACAAACCCAUCCAGACCUGAGAUUUGGACCCAGUGAAACCAAGCUGCUAUACACCCUGCACUGGAUCAUGCUUGAUGCUGCAUCGGAAUGUGAAGAUGCUGACACCGAGAAACGCGGCGGCCAUGUUGCCAAACACAUCGGCUCGCCUCUGUACAUGCACUCUCUCAGCACUGUGCAGCUGUUUGUGUAUCUGUUUGCACCUGUUAUCCAUACAAUGAAAGAUUCAGAUUUUGAUUCUUUGAAACUUGAGAAUGGGUUGAGAUUAUGGCAGCCGCUCUGGGAUUAUCGUCAACCAGAUAUCCCCUGUUUUUCUACUCCUGUUAAGCCGCAGAGAAGUGUCUUGAAAGCUACGAGGAACUUGUUGAAAGUCAACACAAAUGCUGCAAACAUCUAUAUUGGGAAAGGAACAUCCCGGGAGAAUUUGUUCUGCUUUGGGGAGGAAUCCACGAGCCGGAACAGUUACACAGAGCCUCAGUCACCAGGGGCUCCCAUUGCGCGAAUGAGCGACAUAUGCGCCUUCUCCGCAGCUGCAUCAGAUUCCCACACUGCUACGAUGGAUGUUAUCUGUGAAAAUUGCAACACUGUGAUGCAGCUGCGACCCAAUGAUGGCCCUCUGACCUGUCGGUGCGGUCAGAAGGAUACCCUAGUGGCUUUCCUUCCAGACUCCAGACUGUAUGCUUUUCACAAGCUUACAUCUGCAGUGGACAAGGAUUAUGUAAAACAGAAACUUGCAAGUGCAGUUACCAGCGGUACCCGGGCUCCCGAGGGACCGGAUAUCCUCAGUGCGAGCUACUUGGAUGUUGCAGUGUUGAGGUGUCUCUUCUGUCUGAACUGGAACGAAGAUGGAAUCUAUUGGGCGCUGAGGUACAUGCAUCAGAGGAUGCUGGAGGUCAGUGAUGAGUAUAUUCAUAUAGAGCAGUGUGAGAGAAGCAGGAGCAAGUCCCUUCCUGUACCUGACCUUCAGGUUCUGGCUGGUGGACAUAGCAAAGCCUGCUCCCCUGAAGACCGCUCUGCUGGAGUCAGUCCUACAAGCCCAGACUCGAGAGCAACAUCUCCCCAUAGAAAUAUAUCCCCGACAGACCCCAGACACUCUUUCCCUCCAGUGGGUUCCUUCAGUGGGCCAGAUAUGAGGAAAGAGCCACCUUUUAAGAAGAUUAGAGUGAUCGAGCUCAAGCAGUUCUUUGACACAGGGAAGUCGUUCUUAAGGAAGAAGGACAGCAGUGAGUUGGAUGGCAGUGGAUCCCAGUCCCCUAAAACAUCCAAACAUGACCAUGGAAGCAGCAGCCACAUCUUCUCACGGGCCUUCAGGGAUGAUUCCUCCAGCUCUUGCACAAUCUCAACCCUUGACACAGAGUCGGAUGUGAUCAGACCCAACUCGGCCAUGGGAAGCUAUGCUGGGUAUGGACGGGACAGGGAUGACAGGUUCGGAGGAUUGGCUUCAGGAUUUGGAGCACAGAGGAAGAGUAUGCCAACACUGCCUCAGUCUGAUAAGGAGUCGUUUGGGAGCAGCAGUCAGCACAGUGGACAGGAUUCCUCAACGUCUUCACAAGCUGACAUUCACUUGAAGCCAGAGCCCAUUAAGAGACCUAUAAUUACAAUCACGGAACACAGCCCAGAACCAAAGAACUUGCCCAAUCUGUCUGCAUCCAACUACGAACUCUCUGGGGGCUCGGACAACCGGGAUGAUGAUGGGCUGUACCCUAACUUGCCAAGGAGUAUGACCGACUCGAAUAUUAGUUACAAGCCCGAGGAGGACAUUCAGGAGGUGUCAGGGUCGAAACAUUACAUUCAGGACAAUGGGCACAUUAACUAUAAGGUUGUGCUGAGAGCGGUGCACUUUGUAGCCAUGAACGAACGAUCGCCUCGGAUCUGUGAGGUGCUGCUGAACAUCCUGAACUGUCUACUAGACCUGGACAUCAUCGAGACCAAGUCCUCCCCACCCAGGUCCCCCGCCACCCCCGAAAGCCAGGACACAACCGACAAGCCGCCUCCUGUUGAGAAGCCAGCGGAGUCGGAUGGGGACAAGGAUAUUACAGCGCAUAGCCUGGCCAUGGAUAGCUUGUUCAGGAUCUACAAGGCUCUUGGCUGCCCCCAGGGAUGCGGCGAUGGGAUUGUUGGGCCUCAGGGAGACCAUCUUCGCAUGAAGGGACAGAACUGUCUGCAGCAUCUUCACAAGCUCAACCCUCCUCUCUUCCACAAGUUCCUCCGUGGAACGGUCAAGCGGUGCCCCCUGCAGGACACGAUCGACUUCCUUCACGCUUUCCUCGGGUUCUGUGUCGACCCCACAGUGCACACACAGUCGCCACAGCCCAACAAGAAGUCAGUAUCCCAGGAGAACUUGCCCCGCAACUGCUACGCCAACAACUUUGGCCACAGCAUCGGCGGCGAGGGCUACCGCGGUGUGGAGGGUGUCCUCAUAGCGAACCUCCUGAAGCCCUUUGUCUCGCGAUGUGUGGAGAGUGUGGGGGAGCUGUAUGGCCACGACAACAUUGGCCUGUUCUGCGAUGUGCGGCAGAUGAUGGCGUACGUGAAGGAGGUGCACGGAGGACAGUUCAGGAAGUGUGCACUCAGUGGCCUCCUGGACUCGCUCCAGAAGCUCCGCAGACAGAAGAUGGAGAAGGACAGGGAGCUGAACAGUAAACCUGCUAAACCUGUCAGGAGAACAACAUCCAUCACUUCUGAGAGUGGAGAUGAGAAGGACCCCCAAAAGUCCCCUAACUUAGUCAACAGCGAAGACGGCCAUCAGACCAGCGGCAAGUCCCGAAGGUCCAUCUUCAGGAAGAAGGUCAAGAAGGUGGCAAAUUCGCUGAUGUUCCAAUAUGCCGCGAGCGACUCAGAGAUCAUCGAGGACAUGGGACACGGGAAGCUGAGCCCCCGAACCAGUAUAUCAGCAACUGAUGAUGAACCACCGUCAGGAACCAGCACACCAAGAAGACGAUUUAGUAAAUUCAAUAUUGGGUGGAAAAGAGGCGGAGCCAAGUCGGACCAUGAGGAGGAAUCAGCCAAUGAACCGCCACCUCUGGACCGUAGAGAAAGUAAGAGUGAGAUUCAGGUUCACCGGAAAGGUCGCAUGUCUUUCAAGGCUGCCAGUCAUGCAACCUUGACCUUUCUCAGUGCCAGAAAGAGGAUUGAGGACGGAAUAAAGACCUUGGGAAAACGUAUGACCAAACGCGGAAGUCAUGACGAUUUCCGCCAUCCUCGAACUGGUGUGAACAGAGACGGAAACGCUGAUACCAACUUUGAGCAAGAGAAGCGAUUAGUUGACAAGUUCCUCAUCAAGUCUGGGAUGCUGAGAUUCUCCUUCCUGCUGGAGUGCUGUCACCCCGGCGUCUUCCCCGACCCACAUCUUGUAGCAGCCAUGUUGGAUUUGGAUGCCCCUGUGUCGGCCAGGGCUUCUCUGCUGUUGGAGUGCGCCCACUUCAUUCAUCGCUGUAACCGUGGUGACUGGCCGAACUGGAUGAAGCUGAACUUGCCAAGUUUCCGGCACACUGUGGCGGCCCUGCAGAACCGCGGCCAGCCGUCAGGGUACCGACGUAACCUCAUGCUGCAGAAGGCUGCGGGGAGACUCUUCUACUCCUGGGCGGAGAACCUGGGCAACCAGAUGGAGUACAUACUGGCCAAAGAGCACAGCGACAGACUGGACAUCAUCAACGACGUCAAGGACGAGGGACGCAGGAAGGAGCUCAGGACGGAGGACGAUGAGGAGGACUUCCUGGAUGAAGCGUCUGUGAACAGUUCUGGGACUGAGUGUCCAUACGCUCUGAAGAUGCUGGGCUGUCUGGUCCUGAUGGAGAUCACCACCUUCUUGAGGGAGACGUUCCAGUACCUGCCUCGCUCCCGCAGCCAGAAGCGAGAUCACAUCUGGGAGAAGACAGUCACGUCACGGCGUUUCAGCAGCAUCGUCAGCAGCCCCGGACACUCCGACAAGAGCUCCGAGUCCAAUGUUGCUGAUCUUCCACAGAGCACAGGUCCUGUCGGAAGUCCUGGAGAUCGCAAGAUCAGCUUCGCGGUGCUGACAGAGAGGUCCGACUCCUUCCACAGUAGCACGACGUCCAUCUCCGUCCUGGGCAGUCUAGACACCGGGGAUGAGAAAAAGGACAGAGGCAGGAGAUUGGCCCAGGGUCGUCAGAAGCUGCUGCGCCACUUCCGUCGGGGUUCGGGGCAGCACAACGCCAGCUUCCGCCACAACCGCAGCUUCAAGCUGAAGCGAGCGGAGGGCGGAGGGGGGAGCAUGAAGCAGACUAGCAGUAUCAACCACAGCUUCAAGCUGAAGAGACCCGAGGCCGACUUCGAGAGCAUAAAGCACGCAGGCAGUAUCCGGUCCCGCAAGGUGAGCAGCCAGUCCCUGCAGUCGGAGGCCAAGUUUGUGGAGGAGGAUCCAGGUGUGGAGGACACCGAGUCGGUGACCAUGCUGAGUGACGACACCCAGGAGAGCCCCGUGGAGAAGGAUGAGGAGGCGGAGGAUGAGAAACUCUGCUCCAACUUCCCCUGGAUCAAGGUUGUGGUCCAGCUUGCCAACCUCUCCAACUUCAUCUGCACCCACCAGAACUACUGCCACCCCAACUGUUACGAACGCCAACGACGAAGCUGCUCACGCCUCAUAACAUCACUGAGGAAGGUAUACCAUUCCACAGAGGAGGACGAGAAACUGGACGCUCUGAAACCUGACCUGAAGAAGGACAACCUCCGCGAGAAGCUCAAGAGAAGGGAGUCCAUUUUUCAACUGACCUCCCCAACACGGCGCCGAGAGAGCACCCCGCUCUUGGAAAAGAUCAAGACGGACGUCUCCAUGACCAAACUGAAGCUCAACUCCACAUGGAAGAAAGACGACAAGCCCAAGGAGGUCAAAGAGGAAGCCCCGGUCGUCAAGUACUUGACUUCACAGGCUCAACGACUGACGCAGUGCCCAAUGGCUAUCCUGACCAAGGCUGCUCCGAUCCUGCGAGUGGAACACUUCAUCGACAUCAUGCCUGUAGCGUGGGAGUUGCUCCUUGAGUCUGACCAGGAACUAGCUGCAGCUGCAGCCACAGUGUUCCUGCUCUCGUCCGCCAAGUCCCCAGACAAGGCUCGCAACAUGAUCGUGAAGGAGCUGCAGCAUGAAGAGACGGGUCAGAGGAUCAACGCUGUACUCAGAUUUGGUGCUUUAUGGAGAUACAGGUACCAAGUUUGGCCACGAAUGGAAGAGGGCGCCAAUAAUUUGUUUAAGGUGCCACCCCCCAGUAUUGACUUCACCUUGCCGUCGCCAACCAUCGGCCUCCCCAAACUGACGGUGGUCGAUCCACCAUGGAUGCCGCACUUCAAGGCCAAGAUUGAAGAAGUUACCCUCAACCUUGAAGACACGAAAUCACUGGUAACUACGACGACGACAAGACGCAAACAACAGCAAGAAAUGAUUCGCCGAGCUCUUCAGGCUGAGGAGGAGAGAAAGCGAGUUGGGCGCGAGAACUUCCCCAUGACAACGAUUCCUGUGUGUCAGUUGGCGGCGUUUGAGCCGGCACUCCACCAUGCAUCAGAAGACCACGAAGAAGCUACGCAGGAGGAAAACUUGGUAAACAUGGCCGCCAGACGGGUGUCCCUAGCGCCAGUCAAUCGAGCUAAUAUCCAAAGUCGUAGCAUGUCAUGGAGAAAUGGUAGCUUGCACUGGGGACGUCUUGGCUACGAAGGUGAGGAAGACCGCAUGGAACAUCCUCAUCACCUGCACAUUGCACAGACAUUCUUCCCAUCAUGCAUCUGUGCUGCAGUACUUCCUAUUCUGCACCUACUGGACGACCAGGAUGUCAAUGAAGAUGGUAUCUCAGUGACGGAGGUGGCCAGCAAAGUGAUCUGGGACUGUAUAGUGGAGGAUCCAGUGUUGUUCCUCCGACACUUCCUAGAGAAGCUCACUCACAAAGACAGACAGGAGGAGCUGAUGUUCCUGCUGAGGAAGCUGGUGCUGUACAUCCGCCAGCUGCCGGCCCAGACAGCCCACUCCCUCUUCAACUACCUGAUCGGCUACGUGAUGUUCUACGUGAGGUCUCCAUGUGAGGGAGGACAAGAAGCCAUUGCUGGUGCUCUCAGUCUGCUAUGGAUGGUGACGCCGUGUGUGGAGGGCAUCUACUUCAAGGAUCUGAAGCAGACCCUGAAGAAGGAGCAAUGUGAUCCCUACCUGCUGGUGUCAGCGUAUGUUGCCAGCGCCAAGAAGAUCCUGGUUCAUGGCCCCGACCUGUCCAGCAUCCCCUCCCAGCUGCCGAUACACGAGGACACCCAGUUCUCCCAGAUCCUGUCGGAAGGCCUGGAGUUCUUCAACAUCCCCGAGGACCAGGUGGACUCCCACUUCCUGGUGGACACCAAGACCUACCAGAUCCAGAAUCUCAACUCCUACGUCCGAGACUUCUACUUCUUCCGACGGAACUUCUAUCCUCAGCUGAGUCUCGUCCGCAUGAACCCUGAUGACGCCUUCCUAGCUCUGCAAAAAAGGGUUUUCACUCUGAAGUUUGUGGACAUCGGCAAGGUGCUGUUCACCACGGCAGUGCUUGGGAGCACCCCACAACACCAGAUCCAGAACCAUGUCUCAUUCCUGCACGAGGAGUUCCUCAAACACCCAGCAUUUCCACGGAAAGCCCUGGAAGCGGAAUUUGACAUGUACCAUGGGCCCUGGGGAAAGGAACUGUACGGGAUGGACACACUACACAAGUACACUUGGACAAAGCUUAUGACGAAAAUGUUCGACUCCAUGUCGCCUACGUUUGCCUGGUCCAAUGAUAUGCUACUGUUCCUCAACGUCAUCAAUGGCACCAUCGUGCUGCUGUUUGAAGACACGGCCAUCCUGCGCUACUGUCUGGCCUCCCUCAUCAACACCUCCAGGCACUUCAAACACAUCUUCUCCACCAACGGGUUUCUCUACAUUAUGCCGACUCUACUGCGAGUGUACAGCAACAACCAGCCCAACCUGGUGCUGAAGAAAGCCAUCCACUUUGUGUGCCGCCAGUUCUACAUCCUCCACAGAAAACCCUUCAUACUGCAGAUGUUUGGCAGUGUGGCCCCGAUACUGGAUAUGACCUGUGCUGCUGGAGGCAUUAUUGACUGUAGCAAGGUCCAGCCCAGUUCCUUGUUCAAGCUGCUCCUGGCUCUGGAGAAAGACGGCCCCGACACGCUGGGCACGCUGGACCUUGUCCGAGGAGAGAAGCCGCUCAAGGCUCUGGAUUUCUGCUACGAGAACGACUCCGACACCUUCAACAUGCUGGAUGUGAUCAACAUGUGCAUCACUGUGAUCGCCUACUCCCCGGACUCCUUCCGCAGCGGUCAGAUGCUGACUGUGCUGGAGGUGUUGGUGCCCCGGUACCUGCAACAUCUGAAGAGAGAGACAACUCAGAGAGACAACCCCAGCGCCGCCCGUGCCGAGAUCUCUCUCAUCUCCAGCAUCGCAUCCUCGCUCCGAUCCCUCAUCAGCUGCUGUGAAUACUUCACCAGGAACAUGAGCAUCCCCCAGCGCUACGUGGAGGCGGUUAACACCAGCAAGCCCGUACAGAAUCACAGCGUCCACUCCCUCACGAUGGACGACAGGGAGGACUCCCAUGCCAGCCGUUACAUGGAGGAAGGUCGCAGAAAGGCCUUCACCCCUGACCCUGAAGACCUUGAACUUCGCACUGAGUUCAGGAAGCCGCGGGAUUCCAUUCUGUCCAUUCUCGCGGAGUUCUACACAACAAGCGUCAGUCGACUGCGGGAACUGAGGAAGAUCCUGGCCGACCCUAACUUCAGAACCCCCGACCUGCUGGACCACAAGACACACAAUAGGCUGGCUGAAAUCGCCCACACGUUGCUGAAGCUGGCCCCGUACGACCCUCUCACCAUGAGAUGUACCGGCCUACAGAGGUACAUGGCCGAGAUCCUGCCUUCCACGGACUGGUCCCAGGAGCUGAUCCGCCCCGCCCUUAACCUCAUCCUCCGUAGGCUGGACAGGCUGUUCACCAAACUCUCCAAGAAACCUGCACUCAGGAGACAGACAGACUGGGAAGCUGCGGCGAAUAUUCUGAAAGGUGUGUACUUGACGCUGAGGAAGUUCCUGUACAUCGCCCACCUGCCACACCUCAAGACCCUGGUGAGUGUCCUGAUCAGCAUCCUGCUGUCUGGGUCCAGCUCCUUCUCCAGCAUGUCGGACAACUUCCCCAGCCAGCACGGCAGCCAUCGCAGUGAGCACAGCACCAGCCACAUCGAGAUCCCUGCCUUAUUCUGCUCCUCCGUCGUCAAGCUGGUUGCUAUGCAGAUGCAAGCUCUGGGAGAACAGUGGACCCUGGAGCAGAUCUGCGGUGGACCAUCAUCGUUCCAGACAACAGACAAGACACUCAACAUGCUGGUCAACUUCAUCUUGCCACUCUGCAUCCGAGUUGGGUGUGGUCGGAGAGACAUCCCGAAGUUGGAAGAGAGAGAUGUGGUGUUUAUUCUGACUCUCAUCACCAAUCUGUUGAGUCCGUCAUCGAAGACUCCGGCCACGCAGAACAACACGAAGAACACCCUGACCAUCAACGAGUACGGCAGGUGCAGCAGCCUCUCCAACACCGACAAGAACACGGCCAAGCUGGUCAGCGAUCACCAGCAACAGGUGGCCUAUGUAGGCCUGGAGAUUCUUCUCAUCUGUUUUGACAAGCAGCUGGCGUCUGAGUGGCACAGAGUGUCCAAGUGUAUCCAGAUGCUGGCGUCCAAGGGGAAAGUGAGCCUGCCACUGUGGAAGUUCCUGGACUUCCUCGUCACUCACAGACCGUCCUUGUUCCUGUUGCUGCAGACCUUUGUCCAGUUCAGGAUGAUGAAGGUGAACUGUGACACGGCCCAGGAGUACUACCUCCAGCAGACCGUGAAGGACAAGCUCAUGGGGUACAGCUUCACCCACCCCAAGUCUGUGGGGACCAUCCUGCUGCACCUGGCCACAGACCUGAAGGCUCUCCGCGACGACCUGCCCAACAGCACUGGGGCAGGUUACCGAUCAAGAACUGCAACUUUUGCGACAGAUCACUCGGACUACUCCCACACCCACCCCGACCACCGUCCACGGACCAGCAUCACCGAGAUCACGGCCGAGAUCCUCGGACACCCCAAACCUAACCUGGCCGGUGUUGGCAAAAGAGCCAGCAGAGGCACCAUCUUCUCCCAGUCCAGCACCACCUCCAGCGCCCCGAUGAGGCAGACCACCGUGGUAUCAAGUGAUGGCAACGACAGCCCCACCGUGACACGGAGGAAGUCCAGCAAGCGCAUCUCCACCAAGGAGGGCACUCGUAUCCUGGAGAAGUUCAACAGGAAAAACACAGUUGAUGAUACGUCGCCUGAGCCUCCAACGCCGACCUCACCUCGGCUCCAGCGCCAAGCGACCAUCUGUCUGAGAGGGCACCUGUCUAAGCAGACGAGUCUUGAUGACCCUGCCAGAGUGGUGUUUGAGAAUGAAGAAGUGGACACUGCCAAUGGAGCAGCCGGUGGUCGUCUGGCCGACCCGGACCUCGUGGCUGCACUGGCAGGGCUGGAGUCCGACCCAGGAACUCAUCGCCUACAAAGACAAGAUGCCAAGAGCAGAAAGACCUUCAAAAUCAAGCGUACCAAAACCAAGACCUCGACCAAUAUCCGGCGGUUCAUGUCUGCGAGACGUGGCCGGUAUGAAGUGAGCGACCAUGAGGGAAGUAGUGAAGACUCGCCGAUUCGGACACCAGGGAGAAUGUCUGACACAGCGGUCGUGUUCCAUGACCGAUCGUCCUUCACGCUCCGCCGCCCGGGGGUCGCAGUGGCCCGCUCUGUCGAAACCAUUCCUGAAUCUGUGGAAGUGAAGACAAGUCGUCCCCGUUUUGUGCCACGGUCAAAGUCCCAUGACGACCCUUCUCUCGAUCCUCGCCCUCCCACUGGACGUAUAUAUCGGCAGGGUGCUCGCAUUGUGCGUUCCCGCUCGCCUUCUCUUAGCCCUGCCUCCAGCCCACAACCCACACGCAGACCACCUCCUCCGCUCGACGCCGCAUCACCACAGGCAUAUGUUGUCACUCGAUGCGACUCCUCCGACUCUCUGAGUGCUAACGAGAGCUCCGCCCUGCUCCGAGAUGACGACAAGAGCAAGUCGAUGAGCUCAUUGUACUAUGCUGACGAGGAUGUUCCAACCAAGACUCGUGUGGUGUAAUGUGAAUAUGUCUGAUGUGUAUUGCUACUGUUAACAUCCUAGUUGCAGUGUUGUGAUGUCACGUAGACAUGUGCUUCAUUUUCUCACAUUCCUACUCUGUCUAGUCCAAGUCAAAGGAGUACAUACCAAUAGACAUACCGGUAGUACUCACAUCAAGUCAUGUUGUCCUUAAUUUGUUUUCAAAAUAUGUUUUACAUGAAUAUGUAUUACCUAAUGAUAUCAGAAGGAGGUGUCUUCUUGAGAAUUUGAAAUGCCCUGAAAGUAACUGUGCUUUGCAAAGUUUUUGUUAAAUGUUUAAUAGAUAUUGCGUUAUAAACAAUCAUAUGACAUCAAUGUGAAAAAGUAUUUGUUUUUUAAAUAUGUUAAAUUUUUUGUCGUGUUCAGAAAGUAUUAUAGAUGAAUCUUUUCAUUCUUACAGAGAUGCACGUCACUUAUACAAUAAAUUGUCUUGAAAGUUUUCUAAGUUUUAUAACUAUUUGAAAAUAUAUAUAAAUGUUGAUGAUAAAGAAAGAAUAUUGUACAAAUAAACAAUAUCUCCUGUAUUUUCAUGUAGUGCAAGUUCUUCAAUGCAAAGACAUUUCAGAAAAAAACAUUUGCUAAUAUUUCGUGCUUCCUUCAAUUUGUAGCCUGAAACUUAUCCCACGCUUGGCUUCCAUUAUAGCAUUCAAUGUGAUAGCAGUGAUCCUAUUUCACACAAGGGCAUAUUGUGGUAUUGUUAAUCUAUUGACUCUACACAUGGACAUAUUGCUGUGGUAUUGUUAAUCUAUUGACUCUACACAUGGACAUAUUGCUGUGGUAUUGUUAAUCUAUUAACUCUACACAUGGACAUAUUGCUGUGGUAUUGUUAAUCUAUUGACUCUACACAUGGACAUAUUGCUGUGGUAUUGUUAAUCUAUUAACUCUACACAUGGACAUAUUGCUGUGGUAUUGUUAAUCUAUUGACUCUACACAUGGACAUAUUGCUGUGGUAUUGUUAAUCUAUUGACUCUACACAUGGACAUAUUGCUGUGGUAUUGUUAAUCUAUUGACUCUACACAUGGACAUAUUGCUGUGGUAUUGUUAAUCUAUUGACUCUACACAUGGACAUAUUGCUGUGGUAUUGUUAAUCUAUUGACUCUACACAUGGACAUAUUGCUGUGGUAUUGUUAAUCUAUUGACUCUACACAUGGACAUAUUGCUGUGGUAUUGUUAAUCUAUUGACUCUACACAUGGACAUAUUGCUGUGGUAUUGUUAAUCUAUUGACUCUACACAUGGACAUAUUGCUGUGGUAUUGUUAAUCUAUUGACUCUACACAUGGACAUAUUGCUGUGGUAUUGCUAAUAUUUACACAUAAUGUUUUUCAGAGACUUGUGA